CCAUCCAUCCCCCAGAUCAUGGACCUCUGCGAAUGGAGGGGACGGAGGCCUACGAUCACGGCACGGCCGACAGAAUCCCGCAUUGGCGCCAGGUCUGGGAUUCUUCGGGCAUCACACCCGCGGUCCAGAAUCACAGAUACGAUGGCUCCGGAACGGCAGAUGAUCCUUAUGCGGUGACAUGGAUAGACGACGACCCCCGGAAUCCAAUGCUGUACGGCUCGACGAAGAGAUGGAGCAUUAUGAUGAUUGUUGCUCUCGCCGCCUUGCUGGUCUCCAUCGACUCGAGUGCGUAUUCUGGCAGCGCCGACGAGAUCACGCGACAUUUUGGGUGCAGUAGAGAGGUGUUCACGCUGGGCAUUUCACUGUUUGUGCUUGGAUUCGCCGUUGGGCCAGUCAUAUGGGGCCCGUUUUCGGAGAUAUUCGGCCGCCGAGCAGUCUUCAUCCCGACCUACCUUGGACUGACCGUCUUCAACGCCGGUGCUGCGGGAUCCCAGAGUCUGGCGGCACUGCUCGUCAUGCGAUUUCUCGGAGGCAUGUGUGGCUCCAACUCGCUCAUCAGCGCCGGCGCUGUUGUGGCCGAUCAAUUUCAUCCUCGACAGCGAGGACUGGCGCUUGCAUAUUAUGCUGUUACUCCGUUUCUUGGGCCUGCAAUUGGUCCUGUAUUCGGCGGGUUUAUAGGCUCGGGCGUCGGCUGGCGCUGGAUCGAAGGCGUGUUAGCCAUCGCCACCGGCAUGGUCUUGAUCGUGUACAUCUUCACAGUCCCGGAAACCUACGCUCCAGUCAUCCUACGCCGGCGAGCACGCAAGCUCACAUCCAUGACCGGUCAGCAGUACAAGUCGGCUCUGGAGAUCAAGCAAGGCUCGAAGAAGCUUCGUGAUGUCGUCAAAGUCGCUCUUUCCCGUCCCUGGGUUCUGUUGGUUUGUGAACCGAUCGUUACGGUGUUGAGUGCGUAUCAGGCGGUGAUAUAUGCAACAUUGUAUCUUUGCUUUGCGGCUUUCCCAAUUGUAUUCCAGGAAGAAAGAGGUUGGUCGCCUGGUAUUGGCGGACUGGCCUUCCUAGGUGUGAUGAUCGGAAUGCUCAUGACGAUUCCAUACAACAUUUGGACCAACAAGCGAUACGCAAAGCUGUCCGAUAAGCAUCACGGCUUCGCGCCCCCGGAAGCUCGCUUGCCUCUUUGCAUGGCUGGAGCGAUUACUGCACCAGUUGGAUUAUUCUGGUUCGCGUGGACCGACUCUCCCUCCAUUCCGUGGAUUGUGCCCAUCUGCGCCGGAGCACCGUUCGGCUUCGCAGUCGUGGUUGUGUUCCAAGGAAUCAACAACUACCUCGUGGAUUCGUAUACCAUCUUCGCGGCAUCGGUAUUGGCAGGGACAGCCGCACUGCGCAGCGUCAUGGCGGCAGCAUUCCCUCUCUUCACCGAUCAAAUGUUUGCCCGUUUGGGUCUGCACUGGGGAGCAUCGAUUCCUGCGUUCCUAGCGCUGCUGUUUGCACCAUUUCCUUUCCUUCUGUACCGCUAUGGCGCAAUGAUCCGAAAGCGAUGCAAGUACUCUGCGGAAGCGCUGGCGUACAUGAAACAUAUGCAGGCAGCACGAGGGCAAGUUGUAGUCCGUGACGAGGGAGCAGGUAAAGAGGUAGAAGAUGGAGAGACGGACACGCAAGUCGUGACAGAUGAGAAAAGCGAGGAGAAAUGAUUAUGAAGAACGAGAAUACACCGCGCCGUUGUGUGCAACGUAAAGCUGACAAGGAUGCGUCCUCAUACUUUAUUACUCAACUUACCCGGUGGCUGUGGAUUUGAAAAAGUAGCGAGUGCUGUCGAGUAGGACUCCAAGCCAAAGCGUUCAGCCGGUCUCAACGUCAUGCUCAUGAUGCGUGGUAUCGUCUUCCGAGCGACGACCUCCGCUCUAGGCACGAGGAAGUGGAAGGAGAUGUUCGAAGAAGGCUGCGGAGCUAUGGAAUGUGCGGGCAAUCCGGGGGUCAGCAUGACGAUCGAGGCGGGGAAAGCAAGACGUCUCGCGGCCAGCCUACCUCA